GAAAGUAAAGUUAGGCAUAAAAGUUUAUGACCCACUCAGUGUUGAUCCAUUGAGAACUUGAAAUUUGAGAGCUAUAUAGAACUUUUGGCCUCUGUUUCAUUUGUAGAUGGCGAAUCGAUGGAUUAGGCCCGAGGUAUACCCAUUGUUUGCAGCUGUUGGAGUUGUAGUUGGGAUAUGUGGUAUGCAGUUGGUUCGCAAUAUCUGCAUCAACCCUGAUGUCAGGGUGAGCAAGGAAAAGAGAAGCAGUGCAGUUCUUGAGAACUCCGCUGAAGGAGAAAGGUACGCGGAGCAUGCUCUGAGGAAGUUUGUGCGCAACAAAAAGCCACAGAUUAUGCCUUCCGUCAACACUUUCUUUUCUGACAGCAAUCGCGAUUAACUUCAAAUAACCACAAGACAAUUUCUUGUACUCUUCUCUUGCUAAUAAUUUUUUUGUGCUUUUAAAUAAGAGCUGAUUAUUAUCA